CACAUUCGUAACGAAAAACUGGUUUAAUUAAGACUGCCUAAUAGCUUCUAACUUUGUAAUACAAAGUUUGUGAUACAAAGACGUGAAAAGGUUCAGAAAUAUGAGCCCAGCUUCCUGCUGUUUGUAAAUGUGAAUAAAUCUCUUGAAUGUGUUAUCUCUGAGGUCACUGGUCACUAAAUUUAGUUUUAUAACAUUUUGGACCGUUUGUUUAUAAGUUGUCUCACGUGUAUACUGCAGCACAGAUUAGUAAUUUUGCUAACGUAAGAAGAACAAGAAUUGAGUUUCCUUCCUUUUUACAGAGUUUUUAGAUGACGAAGCGUUCUUUAAGAAAUACAGUGAGCAGAGACGGGCGCAGAAGUACACGCCAAAUGACGUCAUGAAAGCCAUACAAGCGGUCCGGGAAGGGACUAAUAGGUUUAGGGCAGGUAAACUGUUUGGUAUUCCGAGAAGUACAAUGUUUCGACUGGUUGACAAAUACGGACGCAUCAAGAACAAUUGUUUCAUGGCACCAGUUAAUCCGCAGAUGACGUCAUCAGGCUCAUUCGACCAGCAGCACCUGGAUGUAGGACAGUCUGACUCACGUGAUCACCAGUAUGUAUUAUCGACCAAUGAACAUUCAUCUGAAAAUCUUGUAAAACAGGAAGUACGUCAUUACGAAGACACUCCGUCAGUAAGCAGUAGCGGAAGUGUACGUUUGCCGACAUUAAGUCCGGAGUUCUCGAAAAUAAGUCCAGAAAUAAGACAUCACGAUCAGAUUCCAACAGUUGUGAAAUGAGCAAGCACAUGACACAUUCACUAAAUAGUCUGUUUCCUAAAAUAUGUGAGUGCGCGCGCAUCUCUGAAUAAUGGCGGUUUUAAUUAAAUGAUUUUUAUGUUUCCGAAAUGUCAUUCUCCCAUUAUAUUGCUUAAUGACAAUGGCUUUUAAUUCCCAUGAAUAUGAUUAUCAUCAUCUGCGUGUUAUAUG